AUUAAAAGAAGUGUGUCGUUUGUAGUGCGAACUUUUGUAUAAAACUAGCGUGAAGUGAAAAAUACAUGCCUAUUUAAUGACGUGCUUAGAUAAAAUUAAGAUGUCAGUGUCAGUGCAGAAGAUAACGGAGCCGUUACUGAUCGGCGAGGGUCCACACUGGGACGAAACGACGCAGGCGCUUUACUUCGUAGGCACCAAUGAACAAACAAUACACAAAUAUGUGCUAGAAACUGGAGUUCACACCAAAACUACAUUACAUGGCCGCGUAGGUUUUAUAAUACCAGUUGAAGGCGCGGCGGAUCAGUACGUAGUUGGCGUCGAACACAAAUUUCUGGUAAUACAUUGGGACGGUGAGGAAGGCAGUAAUGUGGAAAUUAUCAAAGAAUUGGGUGAAGUUGAUCAAGAUGCACCCAACACAUUCCUAAAUGAUGGCAAAGCUGAUCCAAGGGGCAGACUAUUUGCAGGUACGAUGUGUGACAUGGGACCUGGUGUAGAAUUCAUACCUGAAAAGGGCGCCUUCUAUCGCCUGGACGAGAAAGGUGUCACUCAGCUGUGUGACAAGAUCACCGUCUCUAACGGUCUCGCCUGGGACCUUCAGGAGAAGGCUUUCUAUUACAUUAAUACUGUAGAGAAUAAGAUCAGGCGAUACGAUUAUGAUGUGGAAACUGGAGAGAUUUCUAAUCAAAGAUACAUAUUUGAUCUUAAGAAGAAUAAAAUGACCGGCGGUCCUGAUGGAAUGACCAUAGAUACGGAAGGCUACCUAUGGGUCGCUUUAUUCAAUGGGUCGGCCGUUAUCAAAGUGGAUCCGAAGAUUGGUACAGUGGUGGACAAAGUGCCAAUUCCCGCUGAACAGGUCACUUCUGUUACUUUCGGAGGACCUAACUUAGACAUCCUCUUUGUAACCACAGCUAGAUUUGAUCUAGGUUCUGAGCAAAAGCCGCCGUGUGGUGCCACCUUUAUGGUGACAGGUUUAGGCGCCAAAGGACAUCCAAAUGUCAAAUUUAAACUGCCCUAAAAUUGUAAUAGAUUUUGUAAUUUUAAUUUUA